AUGCAGAACCUUCUUCUCUCUGCUUUGGCAUUUAGUGUCGCGGCUGAUGCAUAUGGCUCAGGGGCUGCCGGCUGGAAUGCGGCUUACUCAAAGGCCCAAGCAGCCCUUCUCAAGCUAAACCAGACCGAAAAAGUCGGCCUUGCCACUGGCCUCGGUUGGGAAGGAGGGCCCCUGCCUUUCCCGGCGGGUAUCAAUGCCGGAGCCACUUGGGAUCGUAGUCUCUUGCAUGCGCGUGGCGCUGCAAUGGGAAAGGAAGCCAAAGGGCUAGGUGUCCACGUCCAGCUAGGACCAGUCGCUGGACCUCUAGGAAAGAAUCCCGAUGGUGGUAGAAACUGGGAAGGAUUCUCGGUCGACCCGUAUCUCAGUGGAGUUGCUAUGGAAGAAACUAUCCAGGGUAUGCAAGAUUCGGGCGUUCAGGCCUGCGCCAAGCACUGGCUCGGGAACGAGCAAGAGCACAAUCGUGAAACCAUGAGCUCUAACAUCGGCGACCGUGCGACGCAUGAGUUGUAUGUAUGGCCGUUCAUGAACGCCGUCAGGGCCAAUGUCGCAUCUGUCAUGUGCUCCUAUAACAAAUUGAACGAGACUUGGGCCUGUGAGAGUGACGCUCUCUUGAACGAUCUGAUGAAGGAGGAGCUAGGCUUCCCUGGCUACAUUGUGACCGACUGGAACGCGCAGCACACUGGUGUCAACAGUGCCCUGGCUGGACUUGACAUGACGAUGCCUGGUAGUGACUUCAAUAAACCCCCCGGUAGCAAAUUCUGGGGACCAAAUCUCGUGCAGGCUGUUGCUAAUGGCUCUGUGCCACAAGCGCGUCUGGAUGACAUGGCAACGCGUAUCCUGGCAGCUUGGUAUCUUCUUGAUCAGGAUAAAGGCUACCCUGAGGUGACUUUCAGCUCUUGGAAUGGCGGCAAAGCGAGUGUCGACGUCACAGCAGACCAUGCGACUGUCGUCCGCACCGUUGCCCGCGAUUCCAUUGUCCUAUUGAAGAAUGAGAAACAUGCUCUGCCUCUUCGGCAACCUAAGAGCCUGGCCAUUAUUGGACAGGAUGCUAUCGUCAACCCCAAUGGUCCCAAUUCAUGUGCGGACCGCGGCUGCAACACCGGCACGCUCGCUAUGGGGUGGGGCAGUGGCACAUCCGAGUUCCCUUACCUCGUUGCUCCUCUUGAUGCAAUCCAAGUCCAGGCCAAAAAGGACGGUACCGAAAUUAUCCAGAGUACGACCGACAGCACUACGGCUGCUGCCUCCGCUGCCGCAGCGGCGGAAACUGCCGUAGUCUUCAUUAACGCAGACGGUGGCGAAGGUUAUAUUACAGUGGAGGGCAACGUUGGCGACAGAAAUAAUCUCGAUCCCUGGCACAAUGGAAACGAGCUUGUCAAGUCCGUGGCAGCAGUGAACAAAAAUGUCAUCGUAGUCGUGCACAGUGUUGGGGCCAUUACCCUAGAGACUAUCCUAGCACAGCCCUCAGUGAAGGCAAUUGUCUGGGCCGGACUACCGGGCCAGGAAAGCGGAAACGCCCUGGUUGACGUGCUAUAUGGCGGCACCUCUCCAAGCGGCAAGCUCCCAUACACCAUCGCCAAGCAGCCCUCAGACUACGGGGCCAGCUGGAACAGUGCGCUAGACGACAAUUUCGUUGAAGGUUUGUUUAUUGACUACCGCCACUUCGACAAGAAUGGCAUCGCCCCGCGCUACGAGUUUGGUUAUGGCUUGUCGUAUACGACCUUCAACUACAGUGGACUUGCGGUUAGCAUUUCUGCCACAGCUGGAGCAUCAAAUGGACAAAUUAUCCCUGGCGGGCCGGAGGACCUUUUCAAAUCGGUCGGCACUAUCUCGGUCAUUGUCCAGAACACUGGCGAGGUAGCUGGUGCUGAGAUUGCUCAGCUGUAUCUUGGUCUUCCGGAUUCUGCUCCAAGUACCCCACCCAAGCAGCUGCGAGGAUUCCAGAAGUUGAAUCUCCAACCGGGCGCCCCAGGGACGGCUACUUUCGAGCUCACCCGGCGUGACUUGAGCUACUGGGACGUGCAGUCACAGAAGUGGGUUGUGCCUAGUGGUACCUUCACUGUCUAUGUUGGAAGUUCCAGUCGGGAUAUUCGCGAGGAUGGAACGUUCACUGUCACUCAGUAG